UAGAAGUGAAUUGAUCCCAAGAUUCUUCACUAUAAAAUUUAACCACUUUGAUUGAUCUUACUCAAUGUUUGGUACGUUAGAAUGGGAGCAGAAUAAAAUUAUAUAAUGAAUAUGUCAAAUUAUAAAAACUAAUUCCAUUGCAUUUUUACAUACCAAACAAAUCAUUACAGUCCUUGAAUCAGUGAUUCAGAAUUGAGAUGACAUGAAUCUGUAACCAUAUUUAUUUUUUGCUUGUUGGAAAAAAAUAAUGUGCUCAUUUGUGGAAGCUUGACUCCAAGCCAUAGGCAAAACAGGUGAAAAGCAUUUGAAAGACAUUCUGUUUCACCCCAUUUUGGAUGCCCAAUGCACAGGUCUUCUUCUGUGUUAUCAUCAAAAUGCAAAAUCAUUCAAAUGACUUGAUCAGUUUUGGAAAUAUAGAUUUUAGGCUUGAUUUUGAUAAAAUCUAAUAUAAUUUUAUAUUACACUUUAUUUAAAUUUGAGCAAAGUUAAACUUGACACCUAAACUCUAAACACUAAGCACAAUGAUAUAUCUUAGUAGCUUUGCUGUAGCUUUUAAUUCAACUAUUAGAAGUCCUCAUGUCCUUUUCUGGUUUUAAACACUAGGGUAGUUGUACUCUUUAGGUGGAUUAAAAAUAUCAAACCCUAAGGGGGUGUUUGGAUGCAUUUCUAUGCAAUUUUGAAAUAAUACUGGUAAAGACUACGAAAUUUUCACUUUUGCAUGGUAUUACUUAGUUCAAUAUUUUUUAGAUUAUGCUUUGGGAGCUUGUAUUUCAUGUUUCCAAAUAUGAGAUUGUGUGAAAUUUUAUCUAUCUAUAUAUAUAUAUAUAUAUUAAAAUUUAAUAUCCAAAUUUUAAGCUCCUAGACAUAAGACAAGUGUUUUUCUUGCCUCCAAAAACAUAAACAUAAUUAUUUCUCCUAUUAUAGUGAAAAUAUCAGUAUUGUUGCAUAAAUCAGUGUCUUCAAAAGAGCUAAGAAGUUAAGGGCCAUGUUUGGAAGCUCACUGGAAAAUGAACCAUCCAAUUCAGGAAGACCAGUUCGGUGGAAAAAAAAAAUUAUGGUUUGCAAUUACAAGUACGUUGUGGUUUAAAUUACACGCAAUGCAAUCCUAAAAUUGAUCUCAUGUCGUCACUUUCUUGCUACGCCGAGCUUCCAAUGUCAUCUGAAGGAAAAUGAAACCAUUAGCAAAAGAAAUUCAUUCAAUUCCUAACCAUAUUCAAUAAAUGUUAGGUAGGUAAUUAAACCAUCCAAAUCCUGUUCCUGCUGACAGCCAAGAAAUGGGUCCUCUUGUCCAAAUAUACCAAUGGAUGAGAUCCUAUGUUUUAUAUCACCAUCCGAACUAUGUUUAUUUGUCUGAGUCUUAAUAGUUUUGAGUUUAAUAUUUGUUCCACUACCUUAAUUACUGGAGUUUACACAUCACAACACCAUUUAUCAUUUUAAUAAAUUCUUUUUUUAUUUUAUCUUUUUUGAUAUCUCGUAUGUUAUCUUCUAUUGAGUUUAAUUUUAAUUUUUAAUUUAAAAUGUCCAAAUCAAGAUGUUGGAAUAUUUUAAUGUAUCAAUUUGACUCGAAUUAUGUAGAUGGUAAUUUUAGAAUUAGUGGUACUUUUAAAAUAUUUAAUUUUUUUUUUAUAAAAUUAGAUUUAACAGACAGGCAAUUAAAGAUUACUAUUGAGCGUGGUGAAUGCAGUUACUUAAUUCAUGACUGUAUGUAUUCGAUGAAAAGUGAUAUGCAUAAAAUACUAAAAUAUGGUAUGACAUAACCCUGUACCUAAAUUCUAAACAAGCAAAGCAGGCUAAGCAGCUCCAGUGCUCCACACCACCACAAAAAACCACCCAACCACUUUCAUGACCCAAGUCUCUCUCUCUCUCUCUCUCUCUGCAGGGAUGAUGGGCUGUACGGUAGAGUCCUGCACAGUUGAAACCAGUGAUGGAGCCAAACUCCACACAAGAAUUUUCAGAGCGAAAGAGGAAGAGAUCAAAGACAACUUGGUGAUCGUUCUGGUCCAUCCUUACUCUAUCCUGGGAGGCUGCCAAGGCCUCCUCAGAGGGAUAGCAGUUGGGUUUGCAGAGAAAGGGUACAAAGCUGUGACCUUUGACAUGAGAGGCGCAGGGAGAUCAUCUGGAAAGCCUUCUCUCACUGGAUUCUCAGAAAUCAAUGAUGUGGUUGCUGUCUGCGGGUGGGUCUGCGAAAAUCUGUCCACAGAUAGGAUUUUGCUGGUGGGUUCUUCUGCAGGUGCACCAAUUUCAGGAUCUGCGGUUGAUCAGAUUGAGCAAGUUGUGGGGUACGUAAGUCUUGGGUACCCAUUUGGUUUGAUUGCAUCAAUCCUCUUUGGAAGACAUCACAAGGCCAUCCUUAAAUCCCCAAAACCAAAACUGUUCGUAAUGGGUACCAGAGAUGGGUUUACGAGUGUGAAGCAACUAAAGAACAAGCUGAGUUCGGCAGCUGGCCGUGUCGAAACCCAUCUGAUUGAAGGAACAGGCCAUUUCCAAAUGGAAGGGCCUGCUUAUGAUUCUCAAAUGGUGAAUCUGAUCCUAGAAUUUAUUGCAUCAUUGUAGUAGACCCCCUGGUUUGUUUUGCAGGAAUUUAACCACUGUAGCUUGUUGCUGAUUUUUCUUUUUGUCAUGGAUAGAUUUGCAGCAAACACAAUCAUGCACGCACCUGUGCAGAUUUGCAACCAUUAAAAAACCAUUAUGAAAAA